CCAUUCAAGAACUCCACAGGACCACCACCAAGCCGCAGCCCGCAGCAGCACCACCACCAGCCGGGGCCGUCGAUCCAAUUUCCAAAGCCAGCCACCGCGCCUUCAGUGCUGUCUGCCACGGCGGCGCCAAUGGCCGACCGCGUCUACCCCGCCGCCAAGCCCAACCCGCCCCCGGCGGCGGCCGCGGCUGCCAACGGCGGCGGCGCGCCGGCGUCGUUCCCGGCGCCCAAGCCGCAGAUGUACCAGCGGCCCAUCUACCGGCCGCAGGCCCCGGCCAAGCGCCGGCGCGGGCGGUCCUGCCGGUGCAGCUUCUGCUGCUGCUUCUGCUGGGCGCUGCUGGUGGUGAUCCUCCUGGCGCUCGUCGCCGCCGCGGCGGGCGGCGCCUUCUACCUCCUGUACCGCCCGCAGCACCCUUCCUUCACCGUCUCCUCCGUCCGCCUCACCGCGCUCAACCUCACCUCCUCCGCCACCGCGCCCGUGCUCAGCGACGCCAUCACGCUCACCGUCACCGCCAGGAACCCCAACAAGAAGAUCGUCUACGUCUACGGCGACUUCACCCUCUCCGCGGCCACCUCCGCCAACGCCCUCCCGCUGGGCAGCGGCACGGUGCCCGGGUUCACGCACGCCGCCGGCAACACCACGGUGCUCACCGCCACCAUCGCCUCCACCGCGGCGACCGUGGACCCCACCGCCGCCGGCGACGUGAAGAAGUCGGGCGGGUUCUCGGUGGUCCUGGACGCCGACACGACCGCCGGCGCCCGGGUGGGCAGCAUCAAGACGAAGAAGAUCGGCAUCCAGGUGCACUGCGAGGGCAUCAAGGUGACCCCGCCGCCCCCGCCCCCGCCGGCGCCGAAGAAGGCCAAGGGCAGCAAGAACAGCACCGUCGCCCUCGCGCCGGCGCCGGCCCCGUCCGACGCCGACGCGACGACGACGGGCGCGACGACGGUGAGCACCGCGGCGCACUCGUGCAAGGUCAGAGUCCGCGUCAAGAUCUGGAAGUGGACUUUCUAGGUACGGACAGGGGAAACGUUAGGGGCCGGAGCGCAAGAAAUUUUCAGUAAAGGUUUUUUUUCGCUUUAAUAUACGUACUGCGAUAAUUUAUUUAUCAUUAUUAUAUUGGAGCAGACGAGCAGUCAGUACCCAGUAGGAACCCAUCCAUGCGUGCGUCGCGUCGGUGUAAAUUCCCCCAGGCAUCCUUUCCUUUUUCUUUUCUUGAAACAUAUUUUUUCUGCCAUUGAGUAGUGGGUGUAUAAUUGGAGAUCUGAUAUUGUACACUGUAUAAUUCGAAUGAAUUUAUUUUAAGUUUGCAAGUGGGC